UGUGUGUGUGUGUGUGUGCUCGCUCACCGUGGCUCUGGCUUCCUUCUGCUGCUGCUGUGCCUCUCUGCUCCUGCCCGCCUCUGACACCAUGAUUUUUUGCAAUCACCUAGGCGAGUACAAGAAGGACGAGCUCCUGGAAGCCGCGAGGAGCGGCAAUGAGGAGAAGCUCAUGGCACUGCUCACACCCCUCAACGUCAACUGCCACGCCAGCGACGGCCGCAAGUCGACAUCGCAAAAAAUGCUGUCCACACCCCUGCACCUAGCGGCUGGAUACAACCGGGUGAGGAUAGUGCAGCUCCUCCUGCAGCAUGGCGCAGACGUUCAUGCCAAGGACAAAGGUGGCCUCGUUCCCCUUCACAACGCCUGUUCCUACGGCCAUUACGAGGUCACCGAGCUUCUGCUGAAGCACGGCGCGUGUGUGAACGCCAUGGACCUGUGGCAGUUCACCCCUCUGCACGAGGCGGCGUCGAAGAACCGAGUGGAGGUGUGUUCCCUGCUGCUGAGCCACGGAGCAGACCCCACGCUGGUCAACUGCCACGGGAAGAGUGCCGUCGACAUGGCCCCGACUCCAGAGCUCAAGGAGAGGCUCACAUAUGAGUUUAAGGGCCACUCUCUGCUCCAGGCGGCCCGCGAGGCAGACAUGGCGAAGGUGAAGAAGACCUUGGCUCUGGAGAUCAUCAACUUCAAGCACCCGCAGACCCACGAAACAGCCCUGCACUGUGUGGUGGCGUCUCCUCACCCCAAACGCAAGCAAGUCACCGAGCUGCUGCUGCGCAAGGGAGCCAACGUCAACGAGAAGAACAAAGAUUUCAUGAUGCCGCUUCACGUUGCAGCAGAGAGGGCUCAUAAUGACAUCAUAGAGGUGCUGCAGAAACACGGGGCCAAGAUGAACGCUGUGGACACUCUGGGUCAGACGGCGCUGCACCGGGCGGCGCUGGCCGGUCACCUGCAGACGUGUCGGCUGUUGCUAGGCUACGGGGCCGACCCGGCCAUCGUCUCGCUGCAGGGUUUUACCGCCGCCCAGAUGGGCAACGAGGCCGUGCAGCAGAUCCUCAAUGAAAACAUUCCUGUGAGAAACUCAGACGUUGACUACCGGCUCCUGGAGGCAGCAAAAGCAGGAGACCUGGACACUGUGAAGCAACUCUGCUCCCCUCAGAAUGUGAACUGCCGGGACCUGGAGGGCCGCCAUUCCACCCCGCUGCACUUCGCCGCCGGCUACAACCGCGUGUCCGUGGUGGAGUACCUGCUGCAUCAUGGAGCGGACGUCCACGCAAAAGACAAAGGGGGUCUGGUGCCGCUGCACAACGCCUGCUCCUACGGCCACUACGAGGUGGCCGAGCUCCUGGUGCGGCACGGCGCGUCGGUCAACGUGGCCGACCUGUGGAAGUUCACCCCGCUGCACGAGGCUGCCGCCAAGGGCAAGUACGAGAUCUGCAAGCUGCUGCUUAAACACGGCGCCGACCCCACCAAGAAGAACCGUGACGGGAACACGCCGCUGGACAUGGUGAAGGAGGGCGACACGGACAUCCAGGACCUGCUGAGGGGCGACGCCGCCCUGCUGGACGCCGCCAAGAAGGGCUGCCUGGCCCGCGUGCAGAAGCUCUGCAGCCCCGAGAACAUCAACUGCAGGGACACACAGGGGCGCAACUCCACACCGCUGCACCUGGCGGCUGGUUACAAUAACCUGGAGGUGGCCGACUAUCUACUAGAGCACGGAGCAGAUGUCAACGCCCAGGACAAGGGGGGGCUGAUACCCCUGCACAACGCCGCGUCAUACGGGCACGUGGACAUCGCGGCGCUGCUGAUCAAGUACAACACGUGUGUGAACGCCACGGACAAGUGGGCCUUCACCCCGCUGCACGAGGCGGCGCAGAAGGGACGGACGCAGCUGUGCGCUCUGCUGCUGGCCCACGGCGCCGACCCCACCAUGAAGAACCAGGAGGGCCAGACGCCGCUCGACCUCGCCACGGCUGAUGACAUCAGAGCGCUGCUGAUUGACGCCAUGCCGCCGGACGCCCUGCCCACCUGCCUCAAGCCCCAGGCCACGGUGGUGAGCGCCGUGGUCAUCUCGCCCGCCUCCACGCCCUCCUGCCUCUCGGCGGCCAGCAGCAUAGACAACCUGGCGGGGCCCCUGGCCGAGCUCUCCGUGCCCGGGGCCUCAGGGCCCGCCGACGGGGCCACCGGCACGGACAGGAAGGAAGGAGAAAUCACCAUCCUGGACAUGAACAUCAGCCAGUUCUUGAAGACUGUGGGCCUGGAGCACCUGCGGGACAUCUUUGAGCGUGAGCAGAUCACGCUGGAUGUGCUGGCGGACAUGGGUCACGAGGAGCUGAAGGAGAUCGGGAUCAACGCCUACGGCCACCGGCACAAACUCAUCAAGGGCAUCGAGAGGCUGCUGGGCGGACAGCAAGGUGCCAACCCCUAUCUGACAUUCCACUGCUCCAGCCAAGGCACCGUGCUCAUAGACCUGGCCCCCGACGACAAGGAGUUUCAGUCCGUGGAGGAGGAGCUGCAGAGCACCAUCAGAGAGCACCGGGACGGAGGGAACGCAGGCGGAGUCUUCAGCAGGUACAACAUCAUCAAGAUCCAGAAGGUGGUGAACAAGAAGCUUCGGGAGCGCUACUCUCACCGACAGAAGGAGAUCGCCGACGAGAACCACAACCACCACAACGAGCGCAUGCUCUUCCACGGCUCUCCGUUCAUCAACGCCAUCAUCCACAAGGGCUUCGACGAGAGGCACGCCUACAUCGGGGGCAUGUUCGGUGCCGGCAUCUACUUUGCCGAGAACUCGUCCAAGAGCAACCAGUACGUGUACGGCAUCGGGGGAGGCACCGGCUGCCCCACCCACAAAGACCGCUCCUGCUACAUCUGCCACAGACAAAUGCUGUUCUGUCGGGUGACGCUGGGCAAGUCCUUCCUGCAGUUCAGUGCCAUGAAGAUGGCGCACGCCCCCCCCGGGCACCACUCCGUCAUCGGGAGGCCCAGCGUCAACGGCCUGGCCUACGCCGAGUACGUCAUCUACCGGGGAGAACAGGCAUACCCGGAGUAUCUGAUCACAUACCAGAUCCUGAAGCCGGAGAGUACCACACCACCUACAGCUGCUGGGGAGCAGAAGUCCUAGUGCCCGGUCCUCCUCUUCCUCCUCUUCCUCCUGUUCUCUCCUCCUCCUCCUCCUCCUCUCCUUCUAACCCCCCCGGCCUCAUGGGGGCCCAGUCAGACUGUUACCCAGAACUCCCUACUUCACAAUCAUUCUGGCCCAUAUGGUUUCCUCACCACAUUGACACACACACACACACACACACACACACACCUCACUCACAUCGUCACUCUUCUUACCUGGGGUUAGUCCCAGCCAUCCUUUUCUCACUCUUGUUUUUUUUUUUUUUUUUUAAAUCACAUUUCAGAAAACACUCACUUCAUGUGUAAUGCUCAUGUUUUCUUUUCCUGUACUGAUGUUUUUAUUUAUCAACCGUUUCAUUUUUUUUUCCCCUUGGUGAGUUUGUUUACAUGAAAGUGUUGCCUUCACCAGCCAAACCAUCCUCCUCACAGCUCACUCCGAUCGACCAAUAGGAGCGCUCCCAAGAUGCUCCCAGCAUGCCUUGCCCUGUCCCUCAUAGGUCAGGGUGCGAGGGAUGUAGUGGGGCGGUCGUUAGGGUCGGAGAGGGCGAGGAGGAAGGGGUUUGGUUGGAGCAGCCCACCGCUGCUGGUUUCUCUGCGCAAGUUCUCAAGUGAGAAGGAAGAUAAGACAACAAAGUAACCUCUACCCAACUUCACCACGUUAACUCUAUCAGAGCCCGACCCACGUCAUCCUACCUACACCAUCAUGUCUCAUUAGGAUUUCAAAUCAUGACUGAUAUAUUUUUGUUCCAUUACUUGUUACCAAUGUGGCUAGAACUCUAGCCACACUGACAUAUGGCACGGCGUAAUCGCCAGGGGACCCACCAGUUCAGUUUGUCCCUUAUAGGCACCCUUCUCCUCUGUGAAGUCCAGUGAACCUUUGUGAACCUCGUAACUUUCUUCCGUUUUCUUCCCUUCCUCACGAACCGUACUGAAAGCCUUAGAUGGGGUUCGCCGUGGCUCACAGAACGGAGAUGUAGAGCUGGUGUAUAUUUACUACAGGGGUCUGAAGAAUCAAGCUUUGAAUUGUAUAUUGUUUUUUUUUAUUUUGCACAGGAUUUAAAACAUUAAAAAAAAAAAGAACAUCUGAACUUUUCAUAAACCAUUACAGGUUUGCCUGACACAUUCUGCUCACCUUUGUAAAAGAAUUUGCACUUUCAAAUGGGAAUGAUUUAAUGUCAUUCAAUAAUCAUUUUUUUUAAAGUUAACCUUCAAGAGAGACCGUGAAAAGAAAAAAAAUGAACUAUCCAGUUAUGUACAGGUUGUGAUAUUGGACUAAGGCCUUUCUAAGAAGCUUUGGAUGUUGUUUCCCUAAUUAAGAGUGGGUUUUAUUAGUACUGUAAUUAAUAACAGCGGUUUCCUUUGUCAUUUUCCUUUUUCAUAAUUUUUCCUGUCAAGAGGAACUCCUGCGAGUGGUUGUACUUUUGGUUUCCUCUUUAUUAUUAUUAGAUUUUUUUUUUAUCGGAUUAGCUAACUUAAAGGAGACACCUUGUCUCCGUCUCAGUCAUUCCAGCACAGAUCCUCUGGAGUACAGAUGAUAUACUGGUCAUGUUGAAACACUACUGAGACGGCAGCAGCUCGGAGUCCUCACGCGAGCACGAGCGCGCUGCACUGUGGAGACCACGAGGAGGCAGCAGGAGAGAGGGGGUGAGCGGCCCGACGCUUCACACCGUUCACGAGCAGGUCGUGGUGGUGGUGGCACUAAAGCCCUGUCCGUUCUGUUUAGUUUUGUGUUUGUUUUGGUCGGGGAAAGGUUGGGUUGGUUUCGUGACACUUCAGGUGUUGUGUGUCCCGGCGUCGUUGCCAUAGUUCGCCACUCUUUGACGCAUUUGUACAGGCAAACGAUGCUUUCUCCAUGCUCCUGCGUAACUCUGCACACACCCCGCCCCGGUCCUGGAAUGUUCUUUUCCAACAGCGUGGGGAGCACAGCCGAUGUAUGAUCGCCGCAGGGCCCCCAACUACAAACACCACCUCUCCACCGAGGUUGUCAAGUGCACCUCCCUUCUUCUCCGCUCCUCUGCUCCACAAGGAGAGAGAAAUAUCUCCUUCUACCGGACUGCUACUUUUCUCUUUCUGAUGUUUAUUUACAUUUUUUUCUUUAUUUUCUGUGUAUUAAAUACUGAUUACGGUCCAUUUACUACGCACACAAACACAUAAACCUGAAGAACACUCCAGUUAUGUCAAGCAGUCUUAAUAAAGUACAGAUGUCUCAUGGAA